CCACGUCCGUGCACUGACUCGACGUAGUGUGCCCUCUGCGUUCACAGAGAGAUUCUUCAGCAGUGAGUGUACAGCUGCGCUGGAGAACGGUGUUUCGUGAAGACAGUCUGCCUCUCGUAAACGCGCGGCUCAAACUUUUCAACGCUGCGUUCUUGACUUCCACAAAGCUUUCUCUUAUAUUAAACUUUGUAUAGAAGCGGGAACCAUUUUAAUGAACAACUGUGGUAAAUAUAUUUACUGUCAUGGAUCGACGUGGAUUUUCCUUACUUUGCUGGGGCACGAUACCUUUCCUGUUUAUAUUCGUUCUGGGACCGAGUAGAGUCGAUGGGAUGUUCCAGCCGUCCUUCAGUCUCAACAAGUUGUGUAAGUUCUGUGACGUGGAGUCUUCGUCCUGCAAUGGAACAGGAAGCUGCCUCUCAAACUGUUCCAUCACAUCCAUCUGUCCUCUGGAGCAGGAAGUCUGCGUCGCCAUCUGGAGGCAGAAUGCCGGUAACUACAGCAUUGAGACUCUGUGUCAUGACCCCUCCAAGCCUCUGUACGGCGUGGAGCUGGAUGACUACAACAACUCUGUGUGUACCAUGAAAGAGAAGAAGAGCCCUGGAGGACCGCUGUUCAUCUGUUCCUGUACUGAGGAGGAGUGUAACGAUGACCUGGCCUUCGCUCCCGGUGAGUACCUUCUCACACCUACUGUAUCAGUCAAUACAUCUAAUACACUGUUAGUGAGUACCUUCUCACACCUACUGUAUCAGUCAAUUCAUCUAAUACACUGUUAGUGAGUACCUUCUCACACCUACUGUAUCAGUCAAUUCAUCUAAUACACUGUUAGUGAGUACCUUCUCACACCUACUGUAUCAGUCAA